GUCAGAGUUGACUGCAGGCGCAGAGGGAAUGCGGUGUUUUAGCUUCAACAAACAUCACAACAAGCUUUAAUUCCCGUUCUUUCCAACCAGGGGGCUGCUGAUGUGAGGCUGACGUGUAGACUAGAAAUCUCUCAGACGGUUUCAAUCACACCACGAUUUUGAUUGCAGCUUCCCUACGUAUCUGCAACAAUGACCACCAUCGUCCACGACACCACAGAAGCAGUGUGCCUGUCUCCUGAGUACAACCUGUACCUCAAGCCCAUUGCCAAAAUGACCGUCAGCGUUGCUUUGCCCCAGCUCAAGCUUCCCGGCAAGAGCAUCUCCAACUGGGAAGUGAUGGAGAGGGUGAAGGCCAUGGUAGCUCCGGAGCAAUUCUCAGCCCUGCGAAUCUCCAAGAGCACCUUGGACUUCAUCCGCUUUGAGGGCGAGGUGGAAAACAAGACGGUGGUCAAGAGCCUGCUGGCCCGUCUGGAUGGAAAAACCAUCAAACUUAGUGGUUUUACUGAUGUUCUCAAGGUUCGUGCUGUAGAAAAUAAGGUGGACUUCCCCACACGCCACGACUGGGACUCCUUUUUCAGGGAUGCAAAGGACAUGAAUGAGACUCUGCCGGGAGAGAGGCCGGACACCAUCCACCUGGAGGGGCUGCCCUGCCGCUGGUUUAGCCAGAAAAACAGCCAGUACCCGGACCGGCCCUCAGAAGAGGCUCUCAUUGCUGUUUUCCAAACAUUUGGCAAGGUGCGAAAUGUUGACAUCCCCAUGUUGGACCCGUACAGAGAGGAAAUGUUGGACAAGAACUUCAGCACGUUUAGCUUCGGGGGCCAUCUGAACUUCGGCGCCUUUGUCCAGUAUCAGGAAUACGGCGGCUUCACAAAGGCGAUGGAUACGCUGCGGGGCAUGAAGCUGAUGCUGAAAGGAGAUGAUGGAAAAGCUGUGGCAUGUAACAUCAAGGUGACCUUUGACACCAGCAAACACCUUUGUGAGGCAGCCAUUAAGAAGAGGAGCCUGGAGAGGCUGAAGCUGGAGGAGUUGGAGAGGCAGAGAGAGGAGCAGAAACAGCGGGAGAAGGAGGAGGAGGAGCGACGAAAAGAGGAGGAGAGAAAACAGAAGCAACAGGAAGAGGAAGAGAAGGAAAGAAAGAAGGUGGAGAGGAUACGGAAGCGAGAGCAGAAGUUACAGGAGAAGGAGGAGAGAAGGAAUCUGAAGAAGGUGAGGAGACAGCAGGAGGAGGAGCAAAAGAAGCUGCAGAUGAAAAUCGCCAUGGAGGAGAGGAGGCUCCUGCUGGCUCAGCGCAAUCUGGAAUCAAUACGGCUCGUUGCUGAGCUGCUAGCCAGAGCAAAGACACUAAAAGAACAGCAGCAGGAGAAGGAGAGGGCCGAACGCGAGGAGCUGGAGAGGCAGGAGCAGGCUCGACAGAAGGAGGAGCUGGCCCGCCUUCAGCAGCUGGAGGCCUGUCGGCGCAAGCAGGAGGAGGAGCUACGCAGGGUGGAGCUGGAGAAGCAGCGAGCGCUGGAGCUCCAACGUAAGGAGAAGGAGCUGAGGGACAGACUGCUAUCUAACCUUAUCAAGAAGAGCUGUGAGCCAGCUGAAGCUGCAGGGACACAGGAUCCAGCCGGGCCUCUGAGAAGUGAGGAGGCCCCGGAUGCGGGUGAUGUGACGCCAGGAGUCCUGGGUUGGGUGAACGGAGUGAAGACGGCCGAUGGAAAAGAGAAACAGGGAUCUGGAUCCAGUCUACACCCUAAAGUGUUAGGGAAAAAGAAAUCAGAGAAGGGAGAGGGGGAGGAGAGGCGGGAAGAAGUGAGUAGGAGCAGGUACAGUCGGGAACAAACGAGGGGCCACAGUCGGGAGAGGAGGAAGCACUCCCAAGGCCACAGAAGGAGAAGGAGCUCAAGCCAACAAAAGAGGAGUUACAGUCGUCGCAGCCGGAGCAAAAGUGGGAGGUGCAGCCGCUACGUCAGCAGCUCCAGCUCCAGCAGAGACAGGAGCCACAGCAGGGGGAGGAGCCACAGCAGGGGGAGGAGCCACAGCAGGGGGAGGGGCCACAGGCAGAGCCACCGCGGAUACGACAGUCAUAGCUCGAGGAGCGGCAAUAGACGGAGAGACCAAAGGAGUCACAGUCCUCACAGUCGGAGACACCAGAGACACAGUAGCAGCAGGGAUAGGAGCCACUCCAGACGACACUAAACUCAUCGCUGUAGUACUUUUACUGAUUCAUAUCUUCACAGGUUCUAGACUCGCACCUGAAGUUGAGAAAGUUUAAAGAGCGAGAUGUUUCUGUCGGAGAUC